AUGGCAUCGACGGAAAUUCCAUUGUAUCGUGUGCAAGGUACCCAUUACGAAUGUGGCCGUACUAUCGGUGAUCUUUGCCGUGAACGAAUACUCCGACGUAUUGCUAAUGACCUAGCAUUAUUGACGCCGUUAUUUGAUUUCGCUCAAACUGAACAAGGUCGUGAACUUUAUCAUGGUUUUACUGAAGCUAUUCAUUUAAAUUUUCCUUGGUAUUGGGAUGAAUUGUGCGGUUUGGCUGAUGGUUCUGGAGUACCAUUAGAACAACUGUUAGUACUCAAUUUUGAAAAGGAAACACGAAUGACCUUUCAUCUAUUGGAAGAAACCAAAACAUGCGAUAAACACAUCGAAGAUGAAUACGAAGCACAUGACUGUACGACGGUAUUGAUCAAUAGACCAGAUACACAUACAGUUGAAAUUUUGCAUAAUGAAGACAGUUCAAGUGCUCUAUACGAUACUGCAUAUUUAAUCGAGGCUGAUAUCAAGUCAGUUACUUAUAAUAAUCAUGAACGGCAAAGUUCGAACGAAAAAUUUAUUGCGUUUUGCUAUGCUGGUGUAAUUCCUGAUACAAACUCGAUCGCCGAGAACUAUCUUGUUCAUUAUAAUCAUUAUCAGCGACUUCAUAAACUUGUUGUGGAACGUAAAGCAUUGUCUUUGACACGAGCUCGUGAACGACGUGGCCUUGAACUUGGCGAAAUUCAUACGGUCAACGAUGCUCUUAUAUUAUUAGGUGAUCAAACCGAUGAAAACUAUCCCAUUUUUUGUGAUCCCACCAAGGUAGAUUCGAAUUUGGCCACAUUGUGCACAGUUCGCUUCAAGUUUUCUACACAUCAAUUGAUCAUCUAUCGUUCUAAUCCGAAGGAGAAUAGAGAUCCAUUAUUUGCCUACAAUCUAGCUCAAUUAUGGAAAUCUGAAGACAAUAAUAACUGA